CGAACCCUUAGACAUUGCAGUCGCCCAACAGCACUAGUCCCUUCCUCUCUCCCUCCGUUCGUUGGUUCUCAGAUUCCGCCAUGGCGACUGGAGCUGCACCGCCGCGCCAACUCUCGCAGAAGGAGGCCGACAUUCAGAUGAUGUUGGCCGCCGAGGUUCAUCUUGGCACAAAAAACUCAGAUUUCCAAAUGGAACGAUACAUUUUCAAGCGCCGCAAUGAUGGAAUCUACAUCAUUAACCUUGGUAAGACUUGGGAGAAACUUCAGCUGGCUGCUAGAGUUAUUGUGGCUAUCGAGAAUCCUCAAGAUAUCAUUGUUCAGUCUGCUAGGCCUUAUGGUCAGAGGGCUGUUUUGAAGUUUGCUCAGUACACUGGUGCUCAUGCAAUAGCUGGGAGGCACACUCCUGGAACGUUCACCAACCAGCUUCAGACCUCAUUCAAUGAACCGCGUCUUCUUAUACUUACUGAUCCUAGAACUGAUCAUCAGCCAAUUAAGGAGGCUGCCCUUGGGAACAUUCCUACGAUUGCCUUUUGUGACACCGACUCCCCAAUGCGAUAUGUUGAUAUUGGAAUUCCGGCUAACAACAAGGGGAAACACAGCAUAGGAUGUCUGUUCUGGCUUUUGGCAAGGAUGGUUCUACAAAUGCGUGGAACAAUUCGUGCUGGGCACAAAUGGGAUGUGAUGGUGGAUUUGUUUUUCUACCGUGAGCCUGAGGAGGCUAAGGAGCAAGAAGAGGAAGAGGCUGCUGCGCCCCCGGAUUAUGGCAUUGCAGACUUUGGUGCUGCUCCACUUGUUGCCUCAGAUCAAUGGGCUGGACAAAUUCCUGAUGCUCAGUGGGGUGCCCCAGAUGUGGUUGUCUGCUUCGGGGGCGGCAGAUGGAUGGGAUGCUCCAGUAGUACCACCACCAGCACCUGCUGUUGACAGUGCAGCACCGCCCGCCGCGAGUUGGUUUUGAGAGAAAGGAUCCUUACGAAUCUGUACUCGAAUGGAUUAAUUAUUGUGAGUUUGCUUGUUUAUUUAGGAAUGCCAUCUUUCUUUUUUGGUUGGAAAAAUCUGACUCUCAGGUACCUUUUUUUCUUAGCCCAGUUUUAAAUUUUGAAAAUUGAUUUUUUCGACUUCAUUASAAGUGUAUACCAUCGGUAUCACGGUAGAAUUAUUUUUGGAAUAUAUGAGAAAUUACGCAGCUAAGUAUAAUAGACAUACAUUCAUA